CUAAAAUAAACAAUCUAAAGAGAAAUAUUCAUUGUCUAAUUCAUGAUGUUUAUCUUUUUCUUUUGCCAUUAGGAGACCUUAUUUCUGAGAAGUGCCAUAGACUGGAUAAGCAAACAUGAGGAUAGCAGGCGCUGCAAAGUUGGUGGUGGCUGUUGCAGUAUUUCUAUUGACAUUUUAUGUUAUUUCUCAAGUAUUUGAAAUUAAAAUGGAUGCAAGUUUAGGAAAUCUAUUUGCUCGAUCUGUGCUGGACCCAGCCACCCGCCCUACAAAGCCUCCCAGGUACAAAUGUGGAAUCUCAAAAGCAUGUCCUGAGAAGCAUUUUGCUUUUAAAAUGGCCAGCGGAGCAGCCAACGUCGUGGGGCCCAAGAUCUGCCUAGAAGACAACGUUUUGAUGAGCGGUGUCAAAAACAAUGUUGGAAGAGGAAUAAAUGUUGCCUUGGUAAAUGGGAAGACAGGGGAGGUACUAGACACCAAAUAUUUUGACAUGUGGGGUGGAGAUGUGGCACCAUUCAUCGAGUUUCUGAAGAACAUACAAGAUGGAACCAUAGUGUUAAUGGCAACAUACGAUGAUGGAGCAACCAAACUCACCGACGAGGCGCGGCGGCUCAUUGGUGAGCUGGGCAGUACAUCUAUCACUAGUCUUGGUUUCCGCGAUAACUGGGUCUUCUGUGGUGGGAAGGGGAUUAAGACCAAAAGCCCCUUUGAACAGCACAUCAAGAACAAUAAGGAUACAAACAAGUACGAAGGAUGGCCCGAGGUGGUGGAGAUGGAAGGAUGCAUCCCCCAGAAGCAAGACUGAAGGGAGCGCGAAGACGGGAGGAACGCACUUUGAUUCCGACGCGGCAGGCUAUAAAGCCGCCGCUCCACUCCGUGUACAUAUUCCAGCAGCAUGCGGCCGUUCAGGGUGUGCACGAGCAAGAUCGUCUCUGUCGAUUCCAGGAUUAUUUAUUGUUAACAUAAAUGACUACCUUUGUAAAUAGCCCUCAGAUCACUAAACCCCUUUUAAGCACAUUUCCCUACAAGAACAAUUUGUAGACUUCAGUGGCAAUAAUGUACUUUAGUACGGAAAGCAUAUUCGGUGGGUAACCAGGCAGGCUACAUAGGCAUUGAUUUAUAUUCUGGUUGCUGUGAAACUCUGUCCUGGAAAAACAUGGCUUUUAGGGAGGAAAUUUUAUUCGUACAUACAUAUGUCUCUGUAUAAAUAUCUGGCAUGUGAUGGCAGUAUCCUUUAAAUUAAAGAGAUUUUUGACUAGUUGUAUGUAUAAUGUUAUCUUACAGUCUGGCCCCUGGCGUACCUCUUUUCGUAGUCUUAAUUUUUUUUCCUUCCAAAGAAAGCAAGAAAUAAAAUAUUUCACAUGAAAAUUUUCAUCAGGUUUGUGAAAAGCACAAUGUUUUUUUUUUAUAUAUAUAUAUAUACACUGAAAAUGAACAUUAAUGUAGGUGUCAUUUUGGGCUCACCUUCUGGAUUUUGUGUUAGCAGUGUGAAUUAUGUGAUUUGUGUAAGCUUUUUAGAGUCCGCCUACAGGUGGGACCGAAUUGGAGAACCAGGCCAGGUCUCUUCCUCAACCUAACCAGAUCGUUCACAACAGCUGGGUCAGCGCCCCCAGGGCAAUGCAGGCUCACGUCUGCUUGGUUGCUGUCACUGACCACGUGGAUUACUCUGCUUGUCACAGCGUUGAUUUGUAAACCAAGAACUUCUGUUAUUUACUUCUCACUUCAUAGUAGCCACCGCUGCCUGGAAUUGCAACUGAAUAUUUUAAAAAGCCCUAAUUAAUUUAUUAGGGCACCAAUACCUAUCAUAUGUGACAUGUAUGGAAUACUUAAAAUGCAACGUAAAUAAAUGGAGGGCUCAUGCUGCCUUUUCAUGGGAUGAAGCAACACUUAAAAUUUGAACCUAAAAUUUAGGUGGCUUGUAUAAAAAUCAAAAAGCAGUAUUUGCUAUUUUGUUAAAAGCUGGAAGCAAUUCACAUAUUUCUUGAAUAUUACUGACCUUGUGUUACUGUUUCUUCUCAAGAACUGAAUGUAGUAGUUCGUAAAGAGUCUUGUCUUCUGUCUUCAGGCAAGUUUUGUAAACUUUUAAGAGUUCUGGUGCUUCUAUCCUAACUCAUGCCCAACAUGCAUGUCUUGACAUGUAAAAUAUUUCCCUUGAUUCUAUUAGUUGUUUUACAGUUUCUGGGGAUUGGAAAAAAUAAAUGUUGCAGGUUUUGUUUUUUGUCUUUUUAAUAAUGUAAGUACUCUUGGUUGCACAUUGUGAAUUGUGUCUGUGUGUAUUUGACAAAGUACAUACUGUAUCUGCAAAACAUCACAUGACUGUCUUUUUUGACAAUUUUUUUUGUACUUAACAUUUAAAAAUUAAGUCUUUGCAUUAAACACAGUAAUAUUCUCUGGAUAUAUUUGAACAUGUGUAGAAAUUAAGUUGCUUGACAACAGACUAUCCCUUUGGAUUUUACUGACCGGAGAGAUGGCUCUUGCAGUGUAAAGUGUGAGAAGAGUAACCCUGGUUAUGGAACUGCUACAGUGCAAUUGUUUUCGUCUGGCUCCUGUCUUGUGUUGGUUGCACCAGCAUUACUGGAAGCAAUAAUCGACUGUUUUACGUUCACAUCAGCCUUAGAAGUGAAACAAUGCUCGUUUGGUGUUGAGAAUUUUCUUUAUUAAAGUCAAAACUCUAA